AUGAAGAUCUACGCUACUCUUUCCGCCCUUCUCACCGGCUUCGUUGCGACCGGCUCUACUGCCGCUGUUGGUAACCCCCAGGGCGGCCACGUUGAGCUCAUGUCCCUUGAAGGAGGCUUCGCGUCGAGCUGUGAGAACUUUGAGAUCACCAAUCGCCGCAUUCCCAACCAGAGAAUCUACUCUAUUAACGCCGUUUGCCCCGACCCUAACGGUGUCAAGUACAAGACCAGCAUCCAGCUCAACCGCUGCCUGAAGAACCAGGACGGCAAGCUGGCCUGGGCCGAGAUUGGCCACUUUGACGACUCUUGCGAGGGUUGCUCCCUUCAGAAGAUCAACAAGAAUGAGGUCGAACUUCGCUGCAUCUGCCCUGAGCGCUGGGACAAGCCCAUGAUGUUCACCUCCAUCAAUCUCAACGAAAACAUCCGCAACCAGGGUGCUACUCUUUGGUGCUUCAACCAGAUCGGCACCCGCGAAGCCUAA